AUGCAGCUGCCGAAACAUUUGAAGUUUGCCAUUGGUUCCGGUGGAGCCGCCCUCUUUGGCGUGCUCUUCGGAUGGGUCAUGUUCCCCGUCAUUCUUAAAAGUCAGCUGAAAAAGGAAAUGGCCUUAUCCAAGAAGACAGACGUUCGCCAAAUGUGGGAGAAAAUUCCUUUUGCAUUGGACUUCAAAAUCUACAUAUUCAACUACACGAAUGCGGAAGAGGUACAAAAGGGAGCCGUACCUAUUGUUAAGGAAAUCGGGCCUUAUCAUUUUGACGAAUGGAAGGAAAAAGUGGAGAUCGAAGAUCAUGAAGACAACGAUACUAUCACAUACAAGAAACACGAUGUGUUCUACUUUAGACCAGAUCUGUCAGGAGCUGAAUUGACUGGGGAAGAAAUAGUCGUGAUGCCGCAUCCAUUUAUGCUGGGUAUGGUAGGCGUUGUGGCCAAAGAUAAACCAGCGAUGUUGAACAUGAUAGGAAAGGCUUUCACAGGAAUUUUUGAUAAUCCUUCGGACAUAUUCUUAACGGUCAAAGCUAUGGAUAUUUUGUUCAGAGGGAUAAAUAUCAACUGCGCCAGGACCGACUUUGCGCCUAAAGCUGUUUGCACAGCGUUGAAGAAGGAAGGUGUCACGGGAUUGGUUAUAGAACCUAAUAAUCAGUACAGAUUCUCUUUAUUUGGGACGCGUAACGACAGCAUAGAUCCUCAUGUGGUAACUGUCAAAAGAGGCAUCAAGAAUGUAAUGGAAGUAGGUCAAGUUGUGGCUAUCGAUGGAAAACCAACAUUGGAGAUCUGGAGAGACCACUGCAAUGAGUACCAGGGGACUGAUGGUACUGUUUUCCCACCUUUCUUGACGCAGUUCGAUCGCUUGCAGAGUUUUGCUGGUGAUCUGUGCCGAUCUUUCAAGCCUUGGUACCAAAGGCAGACCUCGUAUCGAGGUAUCAAAACGAAUCGCUACAUAGCAAACAUCGGGGAUUUUGCCAAUGACCCAGAACUAAACUGCUUCUGUGAUGCUCCUGACACCUGUCCUCCAAAAGGAUUAAUGGAUUUAUUUAAAUGCAUGAAAGCACCAAUGUAUGCUUCCCUGCCGCAUUUCCUAGACAGUGACCCUGGGCUGCUGAAGAACGUGAAAGGGCUAAACCCUGAUAUUAAUGAACAUGGCAUUGAAAUUGAUUUUGAACCGAUAAGUGGCACACCGAUGGUCGCCAAGCAGCGUAUUCAAUUCAACAUGCGUCUGUUGAAGACUGACAAGCUAGAGCUCUGCAAGGACCUGCCUGACACAAUUGUGCCUUUGUUCUGGAUCGAAGAGGGUCUCGCCCUGAAUAAGACGUUCGUGAAUAUGCUGAAGUACCAGCUGUUCAUACCAAAGCGCGCCGUAGGAGUGAUUCGAUGGCUACUGGUAGCAUUCGGUUUAUUAGGCUUGAUGGGCAGCUUUGCCUUCCACUUCAAAGACCGCAUAAUGCGUUUUGCCGUGUCGCCGGGCUCCGCAGAAGCGAAAGUACAGCCAAUUGAACAGAAAGAAAUCAGCGUCAUCGCAGAGGCUCAGGAACCGGCCAAGAUAUCCAUGUAAUCCAUCUUCGGGCGGUUCCUAAG